AUGAUAAAUUGUUAUGUGCAAACUACCACAGGUCUUUUCAAAUAUUGAGUAAGCUCGUUCCUCAUGUAGAUGUCAAUGACAUGACCUACCUUUAUGGAUGAAGGUUGAAUAAAUGUUAAAGCUCCAUGACAGCAACCAAAGCUCCUCCCUAAUCUUCUUACAACUCCGCCUUGAAACAGGUUAGUUGGCAGGGUAUAAAUUUUGUGAACCUUGCUUGGACACACAGGAGCUUUUUGUCUCCGGAGAGGCUUUCAGGAGGACUACGACAUCUAAAAUUCGAAAACUGCAGAGUUAAAAUUGAAAUAAACAAGGAAAAUGGGGCUUGGAACGGGGAAUGAUAAGUACAAAUUGGCGGCAACUUCAGAGGAUGGAGCCAAAAAGCCAAAAAAAGGGAAAAAGAAACAGAAGGACAUGGACGAUCUUAAAAAAGAAGUGGAUCUGGAUGACCACAAGUUGACAAUGGAUGAGCUUCACCGCAAAUAUGGCACUGACCUGACCAGGGGCUUGUCCUCUUCUCGUGUAAAGGAGAUCUUAGCUCGUGAUGGGCCCAAUGCCCUGACCCCACCUCCUACAACUCCAGAAUGGGUCAAGUUCUGUAAACAGCUCUUUGGUGGGUUCUCAACGCUGCUGUGGAUUGGUGCAAUCCUUUGUUUUCUGGCAUACGGUAUCCAGGCUGCCUCUGAAGAUGAACCUGCUAAUGACAAUCUUUACCUGGGAAUUGUGCUUGCUGCUGUUGUCAUAAUAACAGGAUGCUUCUCAUACUACCAAGAAGCCAAGAGCUCUAAAAUCAUGGAAUCUUUUAAGAACCUUGUUCCUCAGCAAGCCCUGGUUGUGCGUGAUGGAGAGAAAAAGAGCAUCAAUGCCGAGGAGGUAGUAGCUGGUGAUCUUGUGGAGGUCAAAGGUGGAGACAGAAUCCCAGCUGAUCUUCGUAUCAUCAGUGCGCAUGGAUGCAAGGUGGACAACUCUUCACUCACUGGUGAAUCUGAACCCCAGACUCGUACUCCUGACUUCUCCAAUGAAAAUCCCCUGGAAACCAGAAACAUUGCAUUCUUCUCUACCAACUGUGUUGAAGGUACUGCCAGAGGGAUUGUCAUCAACACCGGUGACCGUACUGUCAUGGGUCGUAUCGCCACUCUUGCCUCCAGUCUGGAUUGUGGACAGACACCAAUCGCUAAAGAGAUUGAGCAUUUCAUCCACAUCAUCACUGGUGUAGCUGUCUUCCUGGGUGUCUCCUUCUUCGUUCUUUCCCUGAUUCUUGGAUAUGGGUGGUUGGAAGCUGUCAUCUUCCUGAUUGGAAUCAUUGUUGCUAAUGUACCUGAAGGUCUCCUUGCCACUGUAACUGUGUGUCUAACUCUGACUGCCAAACGUAUGGCAAAGAAGAACUGCCUGGUGAAGAAUCUCGAAGCUGUGGAGACUCUUGGCUCGACCUCCACCAUUUGCUCUGACAAGACUGGAACUUUGACCCAGAACCGAAUGACCGUCGCUCACAUGUGGUUUGACAACCAGAUUCAUGAAGCAGACACCACAGAGAACCAGAGUGGAACCUCAUUUGACAGGAGCUCUCCAACUUGGUCUGCUCUUGCACGUGUUGCUGGCUUGUGCAACCGUGCAGUCUUCCUUGCUGAUCAAAGCCAUGUGCCAAUCCUUAAGCGAGACACAGCUGGUGAUGCCUCAGAGUCUGCCCUGUUGAAGUGUAUUGAGCUGUGCUGUGGUUCAGUCACUGAAAUGAGAGAGAAGUACCCAAAGUCUGCUGAGAUCCCUUUCAACUCCACCAACAAGUAUCAGCUCUCAAUCCACAAGAAUCCAAAUUCUUCAGAGUCUAAGCACCUGCUAGUGAUGAAGGGAGCCCCUGAGAGAAUUUUGGAUCGAUGCUCCUCCAUUUUGAUUCAAGGAAAAGAACAGCUUUUGGAUGAUGAAAUGAAAGAUUCAUUCCAAAAUGCUUAUGUAGAACUUGGAGGUCUUGGAGAAAGAGUGCUGGGUUUCUGCCACUUUAACCUCCCUGAUGACCAAUUUCCUGAGGGUUUUGCAUUUGAUUCUGAAGAAGUAAACUUCCCCACUGAGAACCUGUGUUUUGUUGGCCUCAUAUCCAUGAUCGAUCCUCCUCGUGCAGCUGUACCAGAUGCUGUGGGCAAGUGCAGGAGUGCAGGAAUCAAGGUUAUCAUGGUUACUGGUGACCAUCCAAUUACAGCUAAAGCUAUUGCAAAGGGUGUUGGUAUCAUCUCUGAAGGGAAUGAGACUGUGGAAGACAUUGCUGCACGUUUGAACAUCCCUGUUGGAGAGGUCAAUCCAAGAGAUGCUAAGGCCUGUGUGGUCCAUGGUGGUGAACUGAAGAAUAUGAGUGUAGAAGAGCUGGAUGAUAUCCUGAAACACCAUACAGAAAUUGUGUUCGCCAGAACUUCUCCACAACAAAAGCUGAUUAUUGUGGAAGGGUGUCAACGACAGGGUGCCAUUGUAGCUGUAACCGGUGAUGGUGUCAAUGAUUCUCCUGCUCUGAAGAAAGCUGACAUUGGUGUGGCUAUGGGUAUCGCUGGAUCUGAUGUAUCCAAACAGGCUGCUGACAUGAUCCUUCUGGAUGACAACUUUGCCUCAAUUGUCACGGGAGUAGAAGAAGGACGUCUGAUCUUUGACAACUUGAAAAAGUCCAUUGCCUACACGCUGACCAGUAACAUCCCUGAGAUCUCACCCUUCCUUUUGUUCAUCAUUGCUAAUAUUCCUUUACCUUUGGGUACUGUCACCAUUCUCUGUAUUGACCUGGGGACUGACAUGGUUCCUGCUAUCUCAUUGGCCUAUGAAAUUGCUGAAAGUGAUAUCAUGAAGAGACAACCCAGAAACGCUAAAACAGAUAAACUGGUGAAUGAGAGGCUAAUCAGUAUGGCCUACGGUCAAAUUGGUAUGAUGCAAGCAGUUGCAGGGUUCUUUACCUACUUUGUAAUUCUUGCCGAGAACGGAUUCCUGCCUUCCGAUUUAAUAGGAAUUCGAGUCAACUGGGAUGAUAAAUAUCUCAAUGACUUGGAAGAUAGCUAUGGCCAGCAAUGGACAUAUGAGCGCAGAAAGAUUGUGGAGUUCACAUGCCACACAGCAUUCUUCGCCAGUAUUGUGAUUGUGCAGUGGGCCGAUCUGAUCAUCUGCAAGACCAGAAGGAAUUCCAUUGUACAGCAGGGAAUGAGAAACAAAAUCCUCAUCUUUGGUCUGUUUGAAGAAACUGCUCUGGCAGCUUUCUUGUCCUACUGCCCAGGCAUGGACAUUGCUUUGAGAAUGUAUCCUCUCAAACCAUGUUGGUGGUUCUGUGCCUUCCCAUACUCUCUGCUCAUCUUCGUCUAUGAUGAAGUUAGAAGAUACAUCCUUAGGCGGAGCCCAGGAGGCUGGGUGGAACAAGAAACAUACUACUGAAACAAGAAAACUUUCUGUUGCAAACAUAUGCAAGAAGACAUUCUUUUUUAUAUUUUCAGAAUUAUACAGAAUCUGGUCAUUUUCAAUCAAUAAAUGUCAAAUUAAAAGAGAA